UAAAAACCGCAGAUGUCAUGUAUAUAAAACGUGUUCAAGAUAACUCAGAUUCAGAUAAGAAUCACUCAAAAUGACACCAGGACUUAGGGCAUGUAUUUUUUUCCUUCAUGCAUUAGUCUAUGCCAAUGCAAAUGUAUGCCACGACUCUUUGAGAAAUGUCCCUUUUUCACAGUCAGCUUCAUCAGAUGGUCGUGUACAAACUUUUAACCUUCCACAUCGCAACAUUGUUGAGAAGAUAACGAUUCAUGCAUGUGAUUAUGAUAGAGCACUGGCCGAUGGUCAUUUCAAUGUUACAUAUAUAGAAGCUUCGGACUUCACAAAACAAGAACGAAUUUACUCGGAGGAUAUUGCAGGAGAGUGGUCACAUUCUGGGAAAGAUGCAUGGAUGAUAUUUAACCCUGUUCUCUAUACUAAAAGUCUUACCUUCAGCCACUGGCAUGCCAUCAACUGUUCAAAGAUACACGUCCUUGGCUGCCGUCCUCAUAGUAUAUGUGACCCAUCCUUUUGCAAAAAUGGAGGAACGUGUGUCGGAAAUGAUCACUGCGCAUGUGCGGUAGGAUUUAUGGGACCGAGAUGUGAACAACCGAUACAAAACAUGACUUUUGACGACUUUGGAUUUGUUGCAAAUGUAUCAAACGUCCUUUAUACUAAGGUAGCGGCAUUCAAUGUCAGUGGAAACAUCUCUUUUUCAUUUGAUGACGAAAGUAAGCAAACAAGUGUUCGUCGAAAUACACGCACUCUUGGCUUGAUAAAUGGUUUGGCGCAUAUAUUUGGACAUGGCGGAAGUUUUCACUAUUUGCCGUCACAUAUGUCUGGUUUCCAGCACAGUCAUCAUCAUACAUUUGGACAUUUACCUUCGCAUAGCAUAUAUUCCGCUAUAAACAAUUUCGCAACAGGAUUUACGCAUACCGUCCUGGCAAAGUUCGGACAUCACCAUCACCAUAGCAACACGCAUUACUUCUUUACAACGCACGGAACAGCACAUCAUUCUCAUGGUGCGUCAUUACAUAUCAGCAACCAACAUCUGCAUCUACAUGUGCAUUAUGCUCACAGUAAUGGGCACCAUCACCAUUUUCACGUGUCGGCAGUAUUUAAACCAUUGCCAAAUGUCAAGUAUACAAUAGCUAGUUCAUUCAGUCCUCACUAUGGUGCAAGCUUAUAUAUAAAUGGACAUAACAUAGCUUCACUUACCAAGCCUAACAUUACCCCACCAGUUAGUAACUUCCCAGGGAUACCAAAACCGCUAUGCCUCGGCCUGUGCGGAGCACAUCCAGGGACUGGGCCAAACAACCUUACCAUUGGUAAUAUUGCUGUUGCCGGUGCUAAUGCGGCUGUAAUGGCGAAGAACUACAUUCUUGGACUAUUAGGUUUGCCAAUGCUCAAUCUUUUAACACCGCCUAAUCAUAGUACAGUUGCACCACAAGGAACUAUUCACACUACCACAGCUGCACCGCGACAAACAGCAACUGUUGCCCACGGUGGAUUUACUCUUGCUCCGACAUCAACAUUACCACCAGCGACAGCUUCAACAGUACAUACGAAUGCUGCAACAACAACUCCAAAACCCCCUGUAUGUUACGCAUGCGCAAACACGAUCUUAAACGGACGCUGUAGGACAACUUCCCAGUGUUAUACUGGUGAGGUCUGUGCAGUUUUUCAAGGAAGCCAAGGGUACACUCACAGGUGCAUGAGUCAGUCGCUAUGCAACUCUAAUAUGAAGAAGGCUACUACUUGCUGGAACUGCUGCACAGGCAGUCUAUGUAACGAUAAAUGCGGUGGAACGUGUAACGAUACUCCACAAUGUUCUCGUCUCCUAUCUAUUGGGUACAAUGUCUGCAAUGAUCCUGUGGCGUCGGUAUCUUCUUGUCCGAAGACGUGUAACAAAUGCCCAUCUAGCGGGUAGCCGUGAACUGUUCAUUAAUUGUAAAUUGUGAAACUGACAUGUAAUUAAAAUGACCAUUGUUGUUUUAUUGAAAUGAAAUUUUACUCCAGAAUAAUACAUUCAGUUGCAUACCAGAUGUUCUCAGAAACCAUUAUUUCAAAUAUGUUUAUGUUAAUAUAUACUUCAAUCUAAAAGGAAUAAUUAAAACCAAUUUAAAUAUACCUGCUACUUAUAAGACCAGAGUAUUUCAACAUCACGCUGUAUAUCUGAAAGUCUGAACAUCGCCGUUAUUUAUUUUAAUGCUAGUAAUCAGAAUGAUUAUGUAUCAGACAAUAAAUUCACACUUUUAACUCUAGAACUUUAAAUUUAUUAAAUUUGCUCUAGUAUCGCAUUUAUUUAAUAAACUCAAUAUAGCAACUGUAAUUCUGGAAGCGUUAGCUCUUAACAUUGCUAAUGAAAAUAUAAAUAAAUCAGCCCACUGCCUAGACCUAGACAUUUUAAGG